AUAACUUGUUUUGCUAGUUUCUCUCCAAAAUGACGGAGGAGUAUAAACAGUUUGACUCGGCAAAGACUGAUAAAAUACCUAUUGUUCCCGGACUUGUAAAACAUAUUUCUGGAUUGAAGUUCACAGAACUUAUUUCAAUUGUUAUAGUCUUUGUUGUUUCGCUUGUCUGUGUUGUAUUUGUGAUACUUUACACCAAGGGAAAGCCCGCUGUUGUAAUAGAGGAAAAUGUAUGCGUAACAGCGGCGUGUUUGAAAAGCGCUUCUUAUGUCGCUGGAAACAUGAAUAAAUCUGUAGACCCAUGUAAAAACUUUUACAAAUACGCUUGUGGUGGUUUCCCUAAUAAUAACCGUCUGGAUGCUGAAACGUAUUCUAAAACAGUAUACACCAAAUUAUAUUACGAAAAUGAAGAAAAGUUGAAAAAUAUUUUGGAGUCUCCUGUUGUUAAUGGCAACGAGCAUUCUGCUGAAAGGAAACUUAAAGACAUGUUUGCGUCUUGCACAAACUCUUAUUUGAAGGAAAGAGCCAAGGGAUAUCCUUUUUUGAACAAAAUUUUACCAAACACAGGAGGUUGGUAUGUUUUAGGCACGUGGAAUAGUUCUACGUGGAACAUGCAGAAUGCUUUAGAAAAAGUUCAUAUGGACUACUGGACUAAUGCGUUAUUUACAUUUAGAGUGGCUACUGAUUGGUAUGACUGGAAGAAAAGGGUUGUAGAGAUAGAUUAUUCUGGUAUGAGCAUGUAUUGGUGGUAUUACGUUCACGCUGAAGAUGAGAAGUAUUCCCAAGAUUUGAAGAAGUUUAUGAAAACCGUUGGAACGUUGUUAGUGAGAGAUUCUAAUAUGACAAUAGAAAACUCCACUCAGAAAAUUGAAACCUUUGUUAACGACGCAUAUGGUAUGGAACUCAAACUUGCAAAUCUAACUGCUUACACCUAUCCCACAUAUGAUCCUCAUGCUGAUGAAAAAAGAAUUUCUUUACGAGAUUUUACAGCACAAACUGGAAACGUCAUUGACUUCACUUCCAUGUUAACCAAAAUGUUUAGAGAAGCUGGUGUAAACGCUUAUACAAAGGUUGUCAUUAUGGAGGAUGAUUGGUUAAGACAGAUGGUUGACAUGGUGAAAAAUCUAGGACCUGAUAAAAAUCGGAUGCUGAACAACUACUUUACAUGGAGGAUGGCAUAUCGCUAUGUUCAACAGUUGUCUUGGGAGUAUGUUCAUGCUAAUCGCGAAUUUUACGUAGAUAGAUAUGGUAUACCACAAUUCCUUGGCACGUGGUAUUAUUGUUUUUACAACAUGGAUACAAAUAUGGGAGAUGCUCUUAGUUCACUUUAUGUUAAGGAUCAUUUUGCUGAUAGAAACAAACAAAAGGUUCACGAAAUAUUGGACUACAUUAAAAAGGCAAUGUCAGACGGUAUUGUGCAGAAUGUGUUUAUGGAUCGUGUUACUAAAGACUUGGCAAAAGAGAAGAUAAUGACAUCUUUGGACAAAAUGGGCUACCCUGAUUUUAUGAUGAACGAUGAUCAACUCACGUCUAUAUACCAGUCAUUAAAAGUUAGCAGAACUGAUUAUUUUGAAAAUGAACUGAGCCUUAACAAAUUCAAACUAAAAGACUGGAACAACAGGUUACGUGUCGGAGAAGACAGAUCAAGAUGGGUUUUACAUACUUACGACACUUAUAUGGAAUACUAUGGACCUUGGCAUGAGCUAAUUGUGCCAGCUGGUUUGCUGCAAUUUCCUGUCUAUGAUUAUUCACUUCCACAUUACAUAAACUUUGGUUCUAUGGGUAGUUUGUUGGGGCAUUAUCUUGUACAUGCAAUAGACCGAUUUGGUUCCAUUUACGAUAAGAAUGGAGACUACAAUGUGCAAGGAUGGUGGUCAAAUAAAACCAAACUGUCAUAUAAUACUACCACAAAUUGUUUUAUUGAUUAUUUCAAUAAUAAAACUAUGGGACCCUUUGCUGUACCUGGCCAAUUUUCUCUACAAGCGGUUCCUGUAAAUGGACGGAGAUAUGCUCGUGAAGGAAUGGCAAUCGCAAGUGGAGUCAAGCUAGCAUUCAGGGCUUAUCAAAAAUGGAUGGCUGCUAACAGGAUUGAGAAAUUAGCUCCAGGAUUAGGACUAUCGAAUGAACAAAUGUUCUUUGUGUCGUAUGCACAGAGUGAAUGCUUUAAUAGGAAUGACAGAAUAGCAUAUGACAGAGCUAUACGAGGCAGGGUAUCUGAAGAUAUAGCUACAAACAGUGCAAUGUCACAUGUUAGAGAGUUUUCACAAGCAUUUAGAUGUCCAGUUAACUCUCCAAUGAAUCCUGCCAAGAAGUGUAAUCUGUAUUGAAAGGAUGAAUUUCAACGAAAGGACA